AUGGACGAGUUUGCAGAAGACGAGUUUCUGGCAAGGUCUAUUCGAAGAAGCAAAGACGCGUACAAUAGAAUAAAAAUGAACCUGAGCCUGGAUGGGCCGUGCGUAGGGGUGCAGUCAAAGUAUAAAGAGCCGGUCCAAAGGAUACAGCAGGUGGUGGAGGUUCUUGGCGGAAUAGAAGAGGCCAAGGUCGCUCUGAGCGUGGAGAGCAAAACAGACUCGCCAGAAAGAAGGCUGGAGGAGUACAGAAACAUAAAAGAAAUUGUGCACAAGCUAAAGGCGCAUCGGAAAACAGACCUGAUAUACGGAAUACUGGGAAGGCUUGGCGCCCGAGCAAAGUCUGCUGAGGCAUUUCUUGACGACUUUACAAAAAAGCAGCUGGCUCUUUCUCUGCAGGGAAAGAGCCACGACAACUGGGCGGAGUUUAUGGUGAACAAAAAAGACAAGACGGGGCUGUUUUUGGACUUGGCUAUGAAGUACAUGGAGACCAUCAUAAAGCAGGACUUGGGCGAGAGCUCGGGCCAGAUAAGCCAAGCCCUCGCAGAGAUAGAGAUACUUGCUCGGGUCGGGCUUGAGCCAGAGCAGGCUGCAGGCGCCGCGCAGAAGGUGGCGCGCUUUUCCAGCGAUGUUUUGGUGCACGAAAUGGGGAAGAAGUGCUACAGCUUUAUAAAAAGCAUAUGCUCGCCAAUAAAGAAGCUGCAAGAGUAUGUGCAGUUUUUGGGCGUGCUUAUAACGCCUGCCAUGGAAGGCGUGCUGAGGAAGAACAAAAUACACGAAAAAAUCCAGAAAAUAGCUGCGUCCACUUACAAAACGCUGUACAAGGAAGCCGAGGAGUACUUUGUGACGGGGAAAAUCAACGAAAAAAGGCUUUUCGACAGGGACCUGUUCUAUCUUCUGAAGGCUCUGCAGGGCGUGGUGCCAGUGUCCGAGUUUCUGGGCGUGAGCGUGCGAAUGCGGAGAAAAGUAAAGGAGUUUGGCGAGGUGUCAAAGCAGAAGUCCAAGCAGGCAGGGUCCAAGUGGGAAGGCCUAAUCUUCCUUCUGAACUCAACUGCUCUUUUGAACUCAACAAAAAAGCAGAAAGUUCCUACAGACAAAAUUGCGCAGGAGGCUGUGCAGGAGAUGAGCGGAAAGCUGCGCAAGGCCGUGGAAAACCCAGACCGCACCAACAAAGUGGGCGAGCUUCUUCGGGCUAUUGAGAAAACUCUAAUAAAGGCCAAGCACUAUUCGGUCCCAGAAGAGCACCGGCCAUACAUUAUAUCCGAGUACAAGAAAACAGUCAGAGAAAUAGGAAAUGCGCACGGAGGACUGGACAAUGUAAGCGACUCGCACCUGUCCGCCACAAUCGAAGGCUUCUUCAACGGGCCUACAAAGAAGCUGUCGGUGUAA